CUUUAAUAGUAUUAGAAUUAUCAGAAUAAGUCACAACAUAAAAAUAUAGAAUUGCAACAAAUCAUAUUCUAUGAAAUUCCAUGAAGUCGUUGGUCGAAUGCGCUUAUAGCAACGCUAUACCAGUCCGGGUUAGCGUAGAAGAAGCUUCGGCUUCUGGCCGGUUCCUCCGUCAUUCAAUCGAUUAAAUUUUUUGAAGCUUUUAUUCCCCGGCGACCUCGAAAACUCAAUUCUUCAACGCCUACAUUUCAACAACGCCGGCGAGGUUUUUGUUCUUCUUUCCGCUCUCUCACGACGUGAUAAUUGGUGGUGACUUUUUAUUCCCGUCUUUCCUCAACUUAAAUCGUCUAUACCACAUCUAUCAUCCACAAUGCAGCGUGCUCUGUCGUCCCGAGCGCGAGCUUCGGUCCUAUCUUCGGCUGCCACCAAGUACCGAGCUGGUGCUGGCCUCUCGCAACAGGUUCGAUUCGCACACAAGGAGCUCAAGUUCGGCGUCGAGGGUAGAGCUGCUCUCCUUGCCGGUGUCGAGACCCUCGCCAAGGCUGUUGCUACCACACUCGGUCCCAAGGGUCGAAAUGUUUUAAUCGAGUCGAGCUACGGCUCUCCUAAGAUCACAAAGGAUGGUGUUACUGUCGCAAGAGCUAUCAGCUUGCAAGACAAGUUCGAGAACCUCGGCGCUAAGUUAUUACAAGACGUCGCAUCCAAGACAAACGAAUCUGCCGGUGAUGGAACCACUAGCGCUACGGUUUUAGCCCGUGCUAUCUUCUCGGAAACUGUCAAGAACGUCGCCGCCGGCUGCAACCCUAUGGAUCUGCGGAGGGGUACCCAAGCCGCUGUUGACGCUGUUGUUGAAUAUAUCCAGAAGAACAAGAAGGAUAUCACCACCAGCGAGGAGAUUGCUCAGGUCGCCACCAUCAGCGCUAACGGAGAUACCCACAUUGGUAAGAUGAUUGCCAAUGCCAUGGAGAAGGUCGGCAAGGAGGGUGUUAUCACCGUCAAGGAGGGAAAGACCAUGAGCGACGAGCUGGAAGUUACCGAGGGUAUGCGAUUCGACCGCGGUUACGUGUCGCCCUACUUCAUCACUGAUCCCAAGUCGCACAAGGUCGAGUUUGAGAACCCUCUCAUUCUCCUUUCCGAGAAGAAGAUCAGUGCCGUACAAGAUAUCAUCCCCGCUCUCGAGGCCUCUACUCAGGCCCGACGACCUCUUGUCAUCAUUGCCGAAGACAUUGAUGGUGAGGCUCUAGCUGUCUGCAUCUUGAACAAGCUCCGUGGCCAGCUCCAGGUUGCUGCCGUCAAGGCCCCUGGCUUCGGUGACAACCGAAAGUCGAUCCUCGGUGAUAUCGCUGUUCUCACCAACGGUACCGUCUUCACUGAUGAGCUAGACAUCAAGCUGGAGAAGGCUACCCCUGACAUGCUUGGCUCCACCGGCUCCAUUACCAUCACCAAGGAGGAUACUAUUAUCCUUAACGGAGAGGGUAGCAAGGACGCCAUUGCCCAACGAUGCGAGCAGAUCCGUGGUGUCAUGAACGAUCCCAACACAUCCGAAUAUGAGAAGGAGAAGCUUCAAGAACGACUUGCCAAGCUUUCUGGCGGUGUUGCUGUCAUCAAGGUCGGUGGUUCUUCCGAGGUUGAGGUCGGUGAGAAGAAGGACCGCUUUGUUGAUGCCCUUAACGCCACCCGAGCUGCCGUUGAGGAGGGUAUCCUGCCCGGUGGCGGUACCGCUCUCCUCAAGGCUGCUAGCAACGCCCUGAAGGAUAUCAAGGCUGCCAACUUCGAUCAGCAACUCGGUGUCAGCAUUGUCAAGAACGCUAUCACUCGACCGGCCAGGACGAUCGUUGAGAACGCUGGUCUGGAGGGCUCCGUCGUCGUCGGCAAGCUCAUGGACGAGUUCGGCAACGACUUCAACAAGGGCUUCGACAGUGCCAAGGGAGAGUAUGUGGACAUGAUCCAGGCAGGUAUCCUUGACCCGCUCAAGGUUGUCCGAACUGGUCUAGUUGAUGCUAGCGGUGUUGCCUCGCUACUAGGUACCACCGAGGUUGCCAUCGUUGAGGCUCCCGAAGAGAAGCCUGCUGGUGGCAUGGGCGGCGGCAUGGGUGGUAUGGGAGGAAUGGGUGGCAUGGGAGGAAUGAUGUAAUGAGUUCAUGGUUUUGAAUGAACCUUUGUCCUGUCAUGUAUCAAAAGUUUGGGUUGGGAACAUUGACCUCGGCGUUAUGGGGACGGAUUAACGUUGUCUCUGUCAUGUCUUCCUCUAUAUCUCCCCUCUACGUCUCUACCUCCAUCUCUCACCCCCCAACCACCCCCCCCUGUGCAUUAUUCCUACCUUGAUAUCCCGAGCGGCGUUAUGAAGUGUUGUAUAUUAGAGCUAUGAACUGAAAAAAAUGGCAACCUACAGCUGGUGUAGGUGAUCUUAAUUGAUCUGAUGAUAAAUACUUUGCCCCUUUUUUUGUUUUAUUCACCUAGGCACCAAAAAUUUGACAAUUGUGAUUGCGUUAAGUUAAGUUCUGCCUAGAAAUUAGG